CAACAACAACAACAACAACAACAACAACAACAACAGCAACAACAACAACAGCAGCAGCAGCAGCAACAACAGCAUGGCUACCAUAGCAGUGUCACAUCUCCAGUGAAUAGUUCCGUCCCAUUUGCUCUGACGUCUUCCCAUGAAAACCAGCAGGUUCAAGGGUUUGAUGAUAAAGUGGAAUGCCUGUCGGUGAAUGCGUCUAUGAACAAUCCCCAAGGCCACUUUAUGGGCUAUGACGCCACAAAGGUGCCGGUUCAGCAACCCAAUCAGUGUACACCAGUAACCCAGGCUUCAGUUUCUCAGACCGGCUUCAUGAAUCCUUCUGUGCUUAAUCAGGGACAGCCUAUUAAUGAUUCAAUGGGAAGUAACUUGGUGACCAGUCUGUCUGGUUUCCAGACCCAGAACAGUUUACAGAACCCCAGUAAUGUACCAGCAGGACUUUCAUCCAUUGAGCCUACUUCUUUUCCGCAGUUGGAUUUAGGAGCUGUCGUCAGUGGUGGUUUCAGCAUCGAGACGUCCACCCCCAGUGCAUCCCAGGGUGACAAUGGUUUGAAUAGUUCUGCUAUUGACAGUGUCUACAACUCGCUUCAGUACUCAAAUGCUGCUGCUUCAGAGACUGAGACUGCAAUGGAUUUCAACUUGACAUCAUCUGCUGACUAUUCAAGCACUUCUCAAGUGACUACGGAGGCCAGUUCUCAUCAGAGACAAUCUUUUGCUCAAAGUGCCCAGAACACUGCUCAAGUGUUGCCUACUUCAUCCUUCACUCCGAGAACGGUAGUUGAUAGCAAUUUUGCUUAUAAGUCAAUGGGGUUUAGUCAUGUGGCUGUGAAUAAUAAUCAAGAGUCGAUUGUGCUUUCUAAUUUUAACAAUGUUCAGCAGACUGUCCAGCAAGAAAGUGGAAAUUAUCCACAGCCCAUGCAAAUUCAAGAGCAAGACUUUACUGCUAAAGCAGAAACAAUGAAAACUUCCUUCCCAUCAUACCCCUCAGCUGGUCUGGGAACAUCAAGCAGUAGUGCAGAGUCUGCCAUGGAUAUUACCUCUGGGCACAGUUCUGGUGGGAUACAGAAUCAAAGCUUACAGGACCAGAUGGGCACUCACAGUUCCAAUAUUAUACAAAGUCAAAGUAUUCAGGGGCAGCUUGCUGCUCACAAUUCUAGUGUGAUUCAAAAUCAAAGUAUUCAGGAGCAGAGCAAAGACAGUCUUCCUUCAGGCAUGUCAUUUGAAGAAAUCCAUAGAUUCAUUGUUAAAGCUGGAGACGAACUUUCGAGGAAAUCUAGUAAUCCUGAUUUGAGUCAACAGAAGACCAUAUUCACCAACCAGACUGCUCCUAAUGUAACUGGUUUGCCCGUCAGUGAUUUCAACCAAACUGUGGCCACCAGCGUACCUCAGUCCACUUACUCCUCUCCGACUAUUGUUGGCAAUCAACUUGCAGAGAAGCAAGUAAUCAGUCUCAGUGCAAUCCAAACUCCUGGAAUGAUUGCCCUUUCACAUGCCCCUGGUGUCACAUCGACUACAUACAGCAGUCCUCAGUCCAUCAUACACCAUGCCACUUUGGGUGAACUUGGUGCUUAUGAUCAGGAUAGAGUUCCUGUGCUUCAGCAAGUGGCUCCAUCUUCUGGAAUGACCAACAGUCAGCCUUUAUUUAAUUCAAGUGAAGCCCAGGUACAUCAAAGUGUGCCCUCCAAUAACAACAUUGUGGCCUCUGUGCCCAAUUUUCUUGAGAACCCAACAGUCGUGUCCUGUAUUCGCUCAAGCCAUCCUGAUAAUGCGAGCCUUAUCCCGCCCGCUCAUAUUGCACCAGGCCAACCUGGACAGACUCGCUUUGUGGUCACUAUGAUAGCAGCCUCUCCUGCCAAUUCACGGCCUGUUGUGGCCAGCUCGGGCACCAACCAGCCCAAAGUGACAGCUCGUCCCAAUAUGGGAAUUGCUUCCAACCAACAACAAGUACUAGGUUCUGUCAACGCAACAGCAAUCCCAGCUGCUCUGUCACAGAUCCUGAACUCUGUUGUCAACUUACCUUUGCCGACCUCUACAUCUGUACUGACUGCUUCCCCACAGGUUGGCAUCGCUUGCCUCAACAGUACCACCCAGACAAGCAGUUCUAUCAGUGCUUCUAUUCCUCACAUGGCGACUGUGCCAGGGCUAAGCUUUAUUCGAGCAGCUUCCAACCCAGUCUCUAGUGCCAGCAUGGUCAUUCAAAUGCCUGCGCCACAAGCUCAGUUGACCAAUGCUGUGUUAUCAUCGACUGUAGCACAAGCUGCCACCAAAGCUCCAGAUGCCCUAACUCCAGCCCCACCGGCAAAUCAAGGUCUCAGUGGGAUGGCAGCAGUUGUCAUUUCAAAGGCUAACAACCCUGCUAGUGCCAGCAGCCCUCACACAAGCCAGCCUCAUAUCAUCAUGUCUCUGGAAGACCUCCAAAAGCUGCUGUCUCAACAAAGUAUUGCUCAAUCUGCUCAGACUCCCCGACCUAUCACUUUGCCCUCAGCCCCAGCCGUGCAGUCCCAUGUGGUGAUGGGUACUGGGUCCACAUCUCAAACAGCUCUGCCCAAACCUGUUCCUCUGAGACCUGCAGUGUUGCAACAGCCCAGGCUGCUCAUCCAGAGCAGUGCGUUACCCAGUCGCCCUCGACUCAUGCACCCACACCAGCAGUUGCAACAAACCAGGGAACAGCUGCAGAUGAUUGUGCAGCAAGCCCAUCAGACUCAGACUUUCCCCACGACACUCCCUGCUCACAAGGCACAGGAACAAGCCAUUUUGUUUGCUGCUCAGGAAAAACAGCAGAAAGUGGAGACAUCUGUCCAGCUCGUGGCCAUUCAAAAAGAGAAACUCCAGCAGGAGCAUAGCCAGCAAAAGGUACACAUUGUUCAGCAGACACAUGUCAUGGAGCAUGAGUCGGCGGCUGCCCCAUUGCAGCUGCAGAGCCAGGUUUUGCAGCAGCAGCAGCAACUUCAACAGGCUGUUCAGAAUCUGAUCAUUCAGCACCAGCAGCAGGAGACGGUGGUCACCACAGAGCAGAAAGUGACUCAGCAGCAGCUGCAGCAGGCCCAGUCGUUUGUGCAGGAUCAGCAGAUGCGACACGCACAGACCAUUGUCCAGCUGGCACAGAUGCAGCAAGAGCUUCAGCAGGCACAGGGCCAACAGAAGAAAGAGCCAGAGCAGGAGGAACAUUGCCUGUCUCAGCCUGCCCAGCUACCAGCAGCAGCACCAGUGCAGGCUGUUCCUGUCGUGGAGAAGGGAACUGAGAGGCAGUGCAGUGACAGUUUGAAGAAAGACUACAAACAUUUGCACAGCUUACUCACCAGAGAAAACCCAGCCUUAGCUGUCACUACUACUGUGGAGAAAGUACCAGUACAAAAAACUGUGCUGCCUCCUGUUUUGAGUUUCCCAAGUAACCAUCAAGAGCAUGUGGGCCUUGUUCAGCAGUCAGGAGCAGUGACCACUUCAGCAGAAGGUUUAAAAAACAGCAGUGCAGUUCCAGUUCCAGUCUCGUCAGCUCCAUUUACGUUCUUGCCUUCUGGCAGCGCCAAAUCAUUCCCUGCUGCCUCUGCCUUCACCUUUACAUCUAGCGCCACUGCUCAACCAGUCUCCUCUUCUGCUUUCAGCUUUUUGACCUCCAGCACUUCCAUGACAAGCACGGUCCCUGCGGUUUCCAUUGCUCCGCUGACUACAUUGAGCUUUGGUAAUUCAUUCUCCACUGCUGAGGGUAAAAUGUUUGACUUCAAGGAACUGAAACUAGAAAACAUGACCAGUCCCCCCAGUAGUGCUGUCCCAAAGGUUUCCAAUGACUGUUUUAUUCCUCCCGCUUCAGAAAACCCAGUUUUAGAAACAAGUUCAGAGGCUGCAUUGAGCAAACAAGCCUCCCUACUAGCCCAGAUUCUGACAGAGAAAAAGCGUUCCGACUCUCCACUUAGCGUAGAUCUGAGUAGUCCAGCCAACUCCAACUCUGAGGCUCCAUCACCUUUGUCAUCUCCAAACCCUUUUGAAGAUGCUAAUACUCAAGCAACUUUAAUAGAGCGUUCUGCUGAUCUCCAAAUAAGAUCAGACACUAUGCACGGCAUUGAAGAUGAAGAAAAUGCUUCUUUCUUUGAUAUAUCGUCAUUCAACAAAAGACCAUCAGCUGAUGACACGAUCUCAUUCAAGGCCCAUAAUGCCACGAGGGAAAAAGAUGAUCGUGUUCCCAUGAAGAUUGCCAAAUCAUCACUGGAUGCUGAGGCCCACUCAAGUGUUCCACCAUCCUCGUCUCCUGAUCCGACUUUUGAUAUUGGCAGUGUUGUCAGCUCUACUUCUUCUUUCACUUUUGGUUUUGGAAGCAAAGAGGACAAUGCAACAGAGGUGUUCACAUUUGGAUCAAGUACACCUGCUAGUGCAACAACUGAAUCAGUGCCUGUUGUUGCAAAAGCUGGUGGUAAAGCAUCACGCCCAUCGGUGCCCACACAGCCUGUACGUCCCACUUCUCGGAAACAAAAGGACCACAGUUUGAAAGGCUACUUCUCCAGUAAGUUAGAUAAUAUGGAGCUGAAAAUUGUGGAGCAGCCUGAAACACAACACCGAGCGAGAUACCAGACAGAAGGUAGUCGGGGUGCCAUAAAGGAUGCCAGUCAACAAGGGUUUCCAGUAAUAAAGCUUUGCAACUAUAACAAAGAAACAAAGCUUCAGGUCUUUAUUGGUGAUGAAAGCGGAAGAGUGAAGCCACAUGGAUUCUACCAGGCCUGCAGAGUGUUUGGUAAAACGUCCACUCCGUGCACAGAACAAGAAAUUGAAGGCACUGCUGUCAUUGAGAUAGAGAUGUUGCCCGAAAAUGACAUGACAGUGAAAUUGGACUGUAUUGGUAUUUUGAAGCUGAGAAAUGCUGAUGUUGAAAGAAGAAUCGGACCAAAGCGAGCGCGUGACAAGAAGAAAAAUAACACAAAGGCUAGGCUGGUCAUGAGGACCGCUGUGGAGAAGGCUGACGGUAGCCAGCACAUUCUGCAGGUUGUGUCGCACCCCAUUGUUUGCACUCAGCCUGUUGGGCAGCCGGAGAUAUCACGAAUGAGUUUGUCAGAGUGCAGUAUAGAGGGAGGAGAAAGUCUCUUCAUCAUUGGUAAAAACUUCAAAAAUAGAGGCACCAGUGUCCUCUUCCAGAAGCUAGAUGGCAAUGAUGACAAGUUGAUUUGGCAGGCAGAAGCAGAAAUUGAGCAGGAAUUUUUUCAACCGACUCAUUUAAUAUGCAAGGUUCCUCCUUAUAAGGAAAAGCUGAUUGAGAAGCCCCAAGUGACUCAGAUUGUUGUGAGUUGUGCUGGGAAGAAAAGUGACCCCCAUAACUUCACCUACAAACCAGUGUAUCCUGUGGCUCCCCCUGUCAAACAAGAAGUCCCUUUGGAAAAACACGAAAUGCCCAUGGAAACAGACCAGGCUGCUCCUUCCAGGCCCUUGCCUUUUGUCUCACCAGAAGCUUUGCAUCUGAACAGAAUGGUCCAUCAGACCCAUGCUCUGGCGCCCACAUCAACGUCCAUGUUCCAGCUUCCUCCGGGAACCAUCCCCACCAUAUCUGGCAGUACUCCUGUCAGGUCACCCCCAACCCCCUCGUCAUCCCCUCUCAUCAAACCGGCUCGCCUGUUCGGUAGCCCAUCAUCUACAUCAUCUGUCGCAAGCCCCCCUACCCAUACUGCCGUCGCUUCCUCUUCGUCAUCAUCAUCCAAACCCACCCAAGGCCAAGAUGCUGUAACGUCUCCAGUGACCACUCUGCCUACCUUCCUCCUAGAAGAGCGGCCGGAUGGCUUAGUGUCUCAUCAAGCCCAGAGUAUGAAUGCUCCAGUCACUCUGAGUACUCCUGCAGUCCAUUGUGUGGUCCACAGCAACUCUGAGGGCAGCUCAGCCCCUUCCACAGGCUCGUAUGCCGUCAGUGGAGCGGCUCUAAGCCAGCCUGUGGUGGCAGCCAGUGGGAGCAGCCAACCAGUCACUGACCAGGAUGCUGUGGCUCAAGCUUCUGCUCUCACGUCCAAGCCUAUUGUAGUGGUCUUUGACCCCUCGUCUUUGCAGGCCGACGCCAAUGGUGGACAGAUCAAACAGUUGCUUCAGCAGAUAUUGGAAGCUCAGAAAAAGUGAAAAGUUGGAACAUUUCUGACACAAUCCAAGAUUUUCACAGUCUGUGCAAGAAAAAAUGCAUCAGCCAAUGUUCAAGAAAACGACCGAGAUAAAAGCACAACCCACCGUGGACAGAUCCAUCAUUCAUUUUUGUCAACUUCUAGGUCCUGAAACGUGAUACGAUGGCCGGUUAAUGCUUCGCAUUUGUUUUAUUCAGUGUGGAAAAAAAAAACGCUUGGAAUAAAUGGAACUGACAAGACCUUGCCUGUACAACGAAAUUGGCUCAAUUAUGAAUAUUCCAUUAUUUAUGUUAUUUAAUCAUGGAUUGCGGUUUGAACGUUAGAUUUCUCAAAAGGUGUUAUUCUUUUGUUAUUGGAGAUAGGGAUAAAAAAGAUUUCAAUCAUCUUUUGUUUACAAAUGUAUAUGAAAGUCAGUGAAAUGUGCUUUUGAAAAUAUCUCUUUUUCCGUGCGGUAAAUAGACUUGAAUUGUGAUAUCCUAGACCAGGCACUGUCACAGCUGCCCCUCGUUAGUCUUUAUGAAAACUUCACAGCUUUGGUGUUCACCAUGGAGGCGUAAAAUGAAGUGCAAAACACCAGUCUUACUUUAAUCAAGUGUGCACGCAACCUUUUCCAAACCUUUGCCCUUCAUUUAGUUCCAAAUAGGGUCAGUUGGUGUGCUCCAUGGUGAACCAGAAUUACGUCAUGGGUGCAGUUUUGGAUAUUGAAAUACAAGUGUCUAGUGUGGUGUGAGUUAUAUGAGUAUGCGUGUGCCUUCUAGCUUGCGUCCUUGGAUGUAUGCUUGUAAGUUCACAUGUGCAUACCUUUCGAAUCGAACACAUAGUAGGCUUCCUUGUGAUCACCGAUGUUCAUGUUAUUAAACCCCCCCCCCCACCAAAAAAAAA